AUGCCAUCCAAGGUUGCAUCACAAGAACCCAUUGCCAUCGUGGGCAGCGCCUGCCGCUUCGCUGGCGAUGCGAGCUCUCCCUCGAAGCUCUGGGACCUCCUCCGCGAGCCUCGCGAUGUGCGCUCCGAGAUCCCAGAGAGCCGCUUCAGCGCGAAUGGCUUCUAUCAUCCGGAUGGAGCGCACCACGGUCGUUCCAACGUGAGGCACUCCUACCUCCUGAACGACGACCCAACCGCCUUCGAUGCCGAGUUCUUCGGAAUUAACCCCAUCGAGGCGCGCGCCAUGGACCCUCAGCAGCGGAUUCUCCUAGAAACCGUCUAUGAGGCGGUCGAGUCGGCCGGCAUGACACUGGACAGCCUGAAAGGAAGCGAUACUGCAGUCUAUGCAGGUGUCAUGAUUGGCGACUAUGAAGCCAUGCUGUUGCGUGACUUGGAUGCCGCUCCGACCUACUUCGCCGUCGGCACAUCCCGGGCUAUCCUGUCGAACCGUAUCUCAUACUUCUUCGACUGGCACGGCGCCGCCGUGACCAUCGACACGGCCUGCUCAUCAAGUCUUGUAGCCGUACACUCGGCCAUUCAGACGCUGCGCGCAGGCGACUCGCGCAUGGCUGUGGCGUGUGGUGCCAACGUCAUCCUGGGGCCUGAGACAUAUAUCAUCGAGAGCAAGCUCAAGAUGCUGUCGCCCGAUGGCCGCGGCCGAAUGUGGGACAAGGACGCCAAUGGCUACGCCCGUGGAGACGGCGUGGCGGCUAUCUUGCUGAAGACCCUCAGUGCUGCCAUCGCUGAUGGCGACCAUAUCGAGUGCAUCAUCCGCGAGACGGGACUUAACCAGGACGGCACGACGACGGGGCUCACCAUGCCGAGCGCGACGGCUCAACGGGCCCUGAUCGAGAGCACAUACGCCAGGGCUGGCCUCGACAUCAACGCGCCAGCCGAUCGCCCUCAAUAUUUCGAGGCGCAUGGAACCGGCACGCCGGCUGGCGGUAACCGUCUGUACGUUGGUUCCAUCAAGACGGUGCUUGGCCACACCGAGGGUACAGCCGGUAUUGCUGCACUUCUCAAGGCCAAGUUGGCUAUUCAACACGGCCAGAUUCCCCCGAACCUCCUUUUCGACAACCUCAGCCCUUCUGUCAAGCCGUUCUACAAGAACCUGGAGAUCCUCCGCGCCGCCAAGCCUUGGCCAGCUGUCCAAACAAGACGGGCCAGCGUCAACAGCUUCGGCUUCGGAGGCACCAACGCCCAUGCCAUCCUAGAAAGCUACGAUGACCGUGGAGGUGUCGAACCUGGACGCAAUGAUAGAGCGCUGUUUAGCCCGUUCGUCUUCUCUGCAGCGUCCGAGCACUCCCUCCGGGCCACGCUCUCGGCCUAUGCCGCGCAUUUGGGAGAACAUCCAGACGUCGAUGCCCACGACUUGGCGUACACGCUGCGAGAUCGCCGAACGGUCUUUUCCCAUCGCAUCUCCUUCCCAGCCACUAGCGUCGACGCUCUGAAAGUCAACAUCUUGGCGCGCUUGGAGAGCCAGGACUCUAACAUCAGUACCAGGACGCUGAGACGCCGCGGAGACGAAUCUCCCAAACUCCUGGGUGUGUUUACGGGUCAAGGUGCCCAGUAUCCACGCAUGGCGGCCGAACUUAUCAGGGAAUCGCCGUUCGCCGCCAAGAUCAUCCGCGACUUGGAGGUGUCUCUUGGUGAGCUCCCUGUCCCUGACCGUCCAUCAUGGUCCCUCGAGGCCGAGAUCCUGGCAGCACCCUCCGUCUCUCGGAUGGGCGAGAGUGCGAUCUCGCAGCCGCUCAACACGGCAGUGCAGAUCAUGCUCGUGGAUCUCCUUCGGGCGGCUGGCAUCCACUUUGAUGCCGUCGUGGGCCACUCGGGCGGCGAGGUCGGCGCCGCGUAUGCCGCCGGCUUCCUGACAGCGCGCGACGCCCUCUGCGUUGCCUACUACCGCGGCUUGAACUGCAAACAUGCUGGCAGCCCCAACGGCAGUCACAUUGCCGGAGCCAUGCUCGCAGUGGGCACCUCGCCCGCCGACGCCGAGGAGAUCUGCAGUGACCCUGACUUUGCCGGCCGCAUUUCCGUGGCAGCUGUGAACUCAUCAUCUAGCGUCACAAUCUCAGGCGAUGAGGAUGCUAUCGCGGAGCUCGAGGCCAUCAUGGGGGAGGAGAAGAAGUUCCAUCGCCGGCUGCGCGUGGACAAUGCCUACCACUCGCUCCACAUGGUCCCCGCGGCUGACCCCUACCUUCAGGGAAUGAGGCGUGCCGGCAUCAAGGCUCGGAAGCUCUCGCUGCCCCGUCCCUGCACUUGGUAUUCCAGUGUCUUUGACGGGAAACCCAUGGAGUACUCACCGGAGCUCAGCGAUGAAUAUUGGGUGCAAAACAUGGUCAAGCCGGUCCUUUUCUCCCGGGCGCUUGAGGCAGCCCUAUCGUCAGGCAUCUCGUUUGACGUCGCAAUUGAGGUUGGCCCCCAUCCGGCGCUCAAGAGUCCGUCCGGCCAGACGAUCCAGGAGGUGCUUCAGAAACCGCUUCCCUAUCAAGGAUCGCUCUCCCGCGGCGUUCACGCCAUCGAAGCCUUGUCAAACGCCCUUGGGUUCUUGUGGAGCCAUCUGGAUAAGGGGUCGGUUGACCUGAGUAGCUUUGAGGCGGCGCUCUCAGGCGAAAAGCAGCAUUUCCGCGUCCUCAAGGAUCUCCCGUCAUACCAGUGGAACCACGAGACCAAAUACUGGGGCGAAUCCCGAAGGUCGCGCCAAAUGCGUCUGCGCCAACCGGCCUUCCACCCGCUCUUGGGCGAUCCCACACCCGACAGCAGCGCCCACGCACUGCGCUGGAAGAACGUGCUGAAGCCCAGCGAGAUGCAGUGGCUCGAAGGCCACACGGUGCAGGGACAGGUCGUGUUCCCUGCAGCUGGAUACGUGGCCACCGCGCUGGAGGCAGCCCGGGUGCUCGCAGCGGGCAAGAACAUCCGCCUCAUCGAAUUAGCCGACCUGACGAUCCAUCAGGCUGUUGCCUUCAGCGGCAACAACGACACUGGAAUCGAGGUACUGGCCGAGUUGACCAACAUCACGCGUGACCGGAAGCACCCAGAACACAUCGAGGCCCGAUUCUCAUACUCUGCGGCAUUAGGCGGUGAUGCAGCCUCGGAUCUCACACUUGCCGUCGACGCAGACUUGCGGCUGUCAUUGUGCGAGGAUGCGUCGCCCAACCUCCUCCCUGAGCGGCAACCGAAGCCCCCACACAUGAUCCCCGUCGAGGAGCCACGUCUGUAUGGCUUCAUGGAAAGCCUCGAGUACAACUUCAGCGGCCCCUUCAGGUCCCUCGUGACGCUCGAGCGCAAGCUUGGGCGCGCCGCGUGCGUGGCCAAGCGGGCAUCGACCCCCGACUGUGUUGGUCUGCUGAUUCACCCCGUCGAUCUGGAUGCUGCCUUCCAGUCCAUCAUGGUCUCGUACAGCUACCCGGGCGAUGAGCAACUGCGGAACUUGCACCUACCCACAACCAUCUCCAAAAUUAGGGUGAAUCCCUCGGCGUUGGCCAGGCCAGAAGGGGUAAGCGAGGUCGACUUCAUGGAGGUUGAUUCCACCUGUAAUCCCGAGGACCGCUCGAGCCCUGGGUCCGGAUUUUCGGGCAACGUCAACAUCUAUCUCCACGGCUCAAACCACGCCGCAGUGCAGGUGGACCAUGUCCUCUUCAAGCCCGUUGGUGCCGGGGCCAGUGAUGACCACAAUAUCUUCUGCAAGAUGGACCUAGUGCCCGCCAACCCCGAUGGCUACACCGCUGCUGACGGGAUCCCCGUAACCCAAUACGAGAAGGACAUGAUGUGGAUCCUGAGCCGCAUCGUCAACUUCUACUUGCGGCAGUUUGAUCGCGAUGUUCCCCAGGACUCGCCCGCUAGGUCUGAGUCUCCGCUGUGCCACUAUCUCAACUACGCCCGCUACAUCACGGAUCUUCUAGACCGGGACGAAAACAAGUUCGCCAAAGAGGAAUGGAAGAAUGACAUGCUGCAGGAUAUUCUGGACGAAAUCAAGGCCAAAGGAGUUGGCAACAAUUCCGAUGUCAGAAUCAUGUUGCUUGUAGGCGAAGUCAUGCCGCGAGUCUUCAAGGGCGAGACUACGAUGCUGGAGCAUUUCCGCGAGUCUGGGCUCUUGGAUGAAUACUACGCUCACGGGUUCGGAACCAUGCAGUCGGCCCAGUGGCUAGGCAGCGUCGUCAAGCAGAUCUCAGACCGUCACCCCCAUCUAAACCUGCUAGAAAUCGGCGCUGGCACCGGAGGUGCUACCAAACACAUCCUCAAUGCCAUUGGGAGGAGCUUUGACAGUUACACUUUUACCGAUAUCUCGUCCAGUUUCUUCGAGAACGCGGCAGAGGCGCUCUCUCCAUGGGUGGAUCGCAUCGUCUUCAAGACGUGUGAUGCCGAGCGUGAUCCCGUGGAGCAAGGCUUCACUCAGGGGGCCUACGAUGUCGUCGUCGCUUACAUGGUGCUGCAUGCUACCGCAAGGCUAGAAGAGAGCGUGCGAAAUCUGCGCAAGCUGCUCCGCCCGGGCGGGUACCUGUUGAUCGGUGAGGGCAGCAGCGACGGUAUGAUGCAGGUGGGAGCCGGCUUCAUCUUCGGCACCCUGCCCGGUUGGUGGCGGGGCAUCGACGAGGGCCGCACGCUGUCCCCGCUUGUCAAUGCUGCUCAAUGGGACGACAUUCUGAAGCGCAACGGUUUCUCUGGGAUCGACACCAUGUCACCCCCUAAACUGUUCGACACCUUUGGCAUCACCCUGUUUGUCUCGCAGGCCGUCGACACCCGGAUCGAGCUAGCCAGAAACCCGCUCUCGUCGCCCAUCAGCCCUCCGGUCAAAGACGUCGUGCUCGUCGGUGGCCAAACGCCUGCCGUCGCUAAGCUCGCUCGCGGCAUCGAGAGUAUCCUGUCUGGCCUCGGCUCUCAGGUGCACGCGUACCCCACUCUCGAGGAGGUGGACGCCAACAAGGUCGCAACCCCCGAUGCUAAAAUCAUCAGUCUGGCGGACCUCGACCACCCGGUGUUCCAAGACAUCACCCCGGAGAGAUGGUACAGUUUCCGCCGCUUCUUCGAAGGCCAGAAGUCUGUUCUUUGGCUCACCAAGGGCCGACUCCGUGACGAGCCGUACCAUAACAUGAGUGUGGGUUUCGGCCGGUCGGCGGUGCACGAGGAAGACGAUCUUCACCUUCAGUAUCUUGACAUAGCCGACGUCAACCAGGUUGACGCCAAGACUAUCGUUGAGGCCUUCGUGAGGUUCAACUCGAAACAGCUCCGGAGCCGGGACAUCUUGUACACGGUGGAGCCUGAGAUGAUCAUUGACGAGCAGGGCCGCGAGCUGGUGCCUCGUCUGACGAUGAUCCCGGCCGCAAACAACCGCCUAAACUCCACACGGAGGCUUAUUGGCCACGAAGUCGACCUGCGCCAGGCCGAGGUUGAAUUUGUCCAGGACAGCGGGAACUGCUUCGUGAGGCAGCUGUCAAGAUACGACGAGAGAUUUAAGAUCACGAAGCCCAAUACCAUCGAGCUGCGUACCACACAGAGCAUUCUGUCCGCUAUCAAGACCCCUAUUGGCCAUCGGUUCCUCGCCGUGGGUGCGGAUUCCAACGGUGCUCGGUACUUGGCCCUCGUAUCAUCCCCGGUCUCCGUGCUCAGAGUUCCCGUGGAGCAUACCGUGCCCCUCAAUGCUUCCAGCCCCUCCGAAACUACGAUUCUCAAGGUCACAGCUACUCAUCUCAUUGCCGCAGCCAUACUCAAGCCACUGUAUCCCGGGCAGACCAUUGUCGUACACAACGCCCCUGAAGACGUGGCUCGGGCAAUCGAAGCUCAAGCGGCUCAGAAGCAAAUCCAGGUCAUCUUCGCGGUGGACGGAUCGGAUGAGGAGGCCCACAAACUUCCAAACUCCUGGGUUCGACUACCUGAAUAUGCAGGGAAGGCCGAGGUCAGCCGGGUAUUGCCAGUAGAUGUCGCCCUCUUUGUCGGCUUCUCUGUGGACGCAUCAGACAAUGAGCAGACAAUUUUGUCGGUGCUGCCCCCUUUCAGCCGCAGGGAGACCGCCGACACAAUCUACUCGUCACAGGCCACUCAACAUGGCGCUGCUGCCGUCGAGACGACGACGGUCCCGCUUGAGGCCGUCGCCGGAAACGAGCGUCCCAGCGAUCCCUCGACGGUGGUUGACUGGACCACGGCAACUGUGCUCCCCGCCAGAGUUACUAGGUUCGACAUCAUCCCGCUCUUCAAGAGCGACAAGACCUAUUGGCUGUGUGGUCUGUCGGGCGCGCUGGGAAUCUCGCUGUGCGACUGGAUGAUCGACCGGGGAGUGAAGUAUCUAGUCCUCACCAGCCGCAACCCGAAAGUCGACCAAGGAUGGAUUGACAACCAUGCGGCCAAUGGGGUAACCGUCCGCACACUUUCCUGUGAUGUGACGGAUGAGGCCGCCCUUCGAGCCGUACACAAGACCAUUGUCGACACGCUUCCGCCCAUCGUGGGCGUCCUCAAUGGUGCCAUGGUCCUCCGAGAUGGCAUGGUACGCAACAUGGUCUUCGAGCAAGUCACUGAUGUCAUCCGGCCCAAGGUGCUUGGCAGCUUGCACCUGGAUCGCAUCUUCCACGACGUCGACCUCGACUUCUUUGUCCUCCUGUCGUCUAUCAACUGCGUCAUCGGCAACGUCGGCCAGGCCAACUACGCCGCUGCAAACAUGGGCAUGUGCGGUGUGGCGGCUGCCCGGAGACGUCGCGGCCUGGUCUCCAGCGUGGCAAACGUGGGUGCUAUUAUCGGCGUCGGCUACAUCACGCAAUCUGCGCGCCAACUCGAUCUCACAGUGGCUAACACGCACCUCACCCACCUGUCCGAAGAGGACUUCCACCAGAUCUUCGCGGAGGUCAUGGAGGCGGGAUACCUCGACUCACCUGACGGGCCUGAGAUCUCUACCGGCUUGCUCGAGAUCUCUCCCGACACGCCCAACAUGCCCAAAUGGUACACUGAUCCAAAGUUUGCGCGCCUUGUCGUGAACAAGACGACCGAUGGUGGUAAGGGCAAAGAGAAGACCAACACUGCAUCCGUCCUGGAUAGCCUCAAAGCGUGCCGCUCCGAGGGUGAGGUCUUCCAGGUUGUCAAGAGCGCGUUUGCCGCCCAGCUGCGGAGAAUCCUUCAGAUCUCGACGGGCGACGACGACAUGAUGAACAUGCGCAGCAUCGACCUGGGUCUAGACUCACUCAUCUCAGUCGACAUCCGGUCGUGGUUCCUCAAGAAUCUGCAGGUCAGCAUCCCGGUGCUCAAGAUCAUGGCCAACGACGCCCAGAUGUCGAGCCUCGUCGAGGCUGCUGUCGAAGGCGUUCCCGCCGAGCUGAUCCCCGAGGUCCGACAAGGAGCUGUGGCCGAUGGCAAGGCAGACGACAGCAGCUCUGAAACAAACACGGCCGACACUCCGGCCAGCACAUCAAACGGCCAGGUGCCCGACACCGCAGCGACGUCGCCUGGCAGUGCUACUCCGCCCAAGAGGAUCUCUGGUAUCGACUGGGAAGCUGAGGCCUGUCCGCCAGAGCUGACCUUGCCGUCUGCCGACACCAAGGCUCCGAGCAAGGUCCCAAGAGUGGUGAUCCUGACGGGAUCCACGGGGCUUCUGGGCCACCACCUCCUCGAAAGGCUCGCGGCCGAGCCGUCGAUUGAGAAGAUCAUCUGUGUCGCCGUGCGCCAGCUCGCUGACCGGCUGGCCAAGGGCGAGCUGCCUCCUCCCAGCGAUCGCGUUGUCUAUUACGAGGGGGAUCUCGGCGCCCCAAGGCUCGGGCUCGCAGAGGAGGAAGAGAAAGCCAUCUUUGACGAGGCCGACGCCGUCAUCCACAACGGCUCCGACACGUCGCACCUCAAGUUCUACUCGGCCGUGCGCGACACCAAUGUUGGUUCCACGAGAGAGAUUGUACAGCGGUGUGUGCGCCGCAUGAUCCCGCUGCACUACAUCUCGAGCGCCGGCGUGGCCCUGUUCGCCGGGCUCGACGCUUUCCCGGAGAUCCCCGCCACCAAGACCGGCGCCCUGCCGCCCCCCGACGGCGCGCAUGGCUACAUGUGCGGUAAGUGGGUGUGCGAGCGGAUGCUGGAGCAGGUCCAUGAGGCGACCGGCCUGCCCAUCUGGAUCCAACGCCCGUCCACCAUCAUCCGCGAAGGUGCCGACGCCACCAACGACCGUGCCGGAAUGGACUGGGUUAACGCGCUGCUGCACUACGCGCACGCCAUCACCGCUGUGCCCCGCGUCGAUCACAACAAGGGCAGCUUCGAUCUGGUCUAUGUGCGCAGCGUGUGUGACGAUGUUGUGGGCGGCCUCUUGCGUGGCGGUGAGAGCAAGGAUAUCAAGUACGUGAACAAUGUCGGUGACAUUGUCAUCCCGAUGCAUAGCAUGGCCGAGAUCGCGCGCCAUAAGGGCUGUGAGAAGCCCUAUGAGGUCUUACCCAUGGACGAGUGGAUGCGCAGGGCUAUUGCCGCGGGGCUGCAUCCGGCCGUGGCGGCACUCAUUGAGACGUUUGAUGAGCCCGGGUCGGCCUCGUACCCGGCUCUGCUGAAGAAAAGGGGCUAA